CAACCGUCGAGCUCCAGCAUUGACUCCACCAGACUGUCCAUCCCAACUACCAACACCAGGCAGACUUGCUUCAUCUUCACCUUCUUCGACAGCUAGGGGUGUGUUUGAUACAAGGCUUGGCAGCAUAUACCCGCGCCCCCUCUGCGCUGGGAACCCGUCACGCAGCAGUCGGGAUCCUGCCUGACCGGAACCAUGGCCGCCUCCUCCCCCUCCUCCUCCCUGCCAGAGCCGGGCCAGCGCCUCUCCUUUGACGGCGCCCUUUGCACGGUGCGCUACGCCGGCGAGGUAGCCGGCACUUCCGGCACCUGGCUCGGCGUCGAGUGGGACGACGCGACGCGCGGCAAGCACGACGGCUGCCACCGCGGCACGCGCUACUUCUCGUGCCUGUCGCCCUCGGCCACGGCCGCCUCGUUCGUGCGGCCUACGCGGCCCGCGGACAAGCCCUGCGCCCUUGUCGACGCCGUGCGCGCAAAGUACGCCGCCAACGACGACGCCGCCGGUGCGCCCCGCCGCAGCGAGAUCGUCAUCUCCGGCAAGGUGGCCGAGGAGGUCGGGUUCGACAAGGUGCGCCGCCAGCAGGCCCGCCUCGACGAGCUGCGCGUCGCCAUCGUGGACGGCGCCCAAGUCGACCGCGCCGAAGACGCUGGGGCCGGAUCUUCGGUCGCAGAGGUAUGCCCACGCAUCUCCCAGUUGGACCUGUCGCGUAACCUGUUGCCGUCACUGGCUACUGUUGCCGCCAUCUGCGCGCAGCUGCCCGACCUGCGCAUCUUGAGGCUGGACGGUAACCGCUUCCGGCAUUCUGCCGCAGACGACGACGCCGUCGCCAUCCCGGACUCUGCCUUUGCUAGUGUUGUAGACCUGUCUGUGGACGAGUCUCUGCUCUCGUGGGCCGACGUCUGCGGCAUCGCCUCACACUUCCCUGCCCUCACCAGCCUGUCAUGCGGCCUGAACUUGAUGUCUGCAUUGCCCACCCCGCCCCCCGCCUCACUCGCCGCCUCGCUCACCUCGCUCAACCUCGAGUACAACGACUUCACCGCCCUCUCGGAUCUCACCGCCCUCUCCGCCCUGACAUGCCUCCGCAACCUACACCUCAAAGGCAACAACAUCUGCGACGUCGUCCGGGACGCUGCCAGCCCCCCUCGCUUUCCCGCCAGAGUCCAGUAUCUAGACCUUUCGUACAACCGCGUCGCCAGCUGGGCCUUGGUUGACGCCCUACCCGCCUGCUUCCCGGGGCUCGUGUCGCUGCGCCUCGCCCACAACCCCAUCUACGAGUCUGUCGCCCCGGCCGCCGCCGCCACCACCCCAGCUCCGCUCGCGGGAGGGGGCCGCUCCGGUGCCUCGGCCGAGGCUCUGGACGAGGACCCCUACAUGAUCACCAUCGCGCGCAUCGCCUGCCUGCGGCACCUCAACUUCAGCACCAUCACCCCGGCCGAACGCACAAACGCCGAGGCCUUCUACCUCUCCCGCAUCGCCCGCCAGCUCGCCGCCGUGCCCGAGGGCUCCGAGCCGGCCGUGCUGGCCCUGCACCCGCGGUGGAGCGAGCUCUGCGAUGAGUACGGCGCGCCCAAAGUCGUCCGACGCCAGGAGAUGAGCCAGUCCUUCCUCGACGGCCGCCUGGUCAAGGUCCACUUCCAUCUGACCGAGAGGCCUAGCACGGACGGCGACGACGGCGAGGCCGCUGCCGCGCCUGCCGGGGAGGCGGUCAAGAUGGCGGAAAUCCCCCGCUCGCUGGACAUGUACGCCGUAAAGGGCAUCGCGGGGCGGCUCUUUGGGCUCUCGCCCAUGGGGCUGAGCCUGGUCUGGGAGACGGGCGAGUGGGAUCCGGUGGCCGGCUUCGAUGAUGAGUCCGGCGAGGGCAGCGGGGCCGAAGAGGAGGUGGCGGGCUCGGGGGCCGCCGAUGCGGGGCGUGGGCGGCUGGUACCGCGCCAGGUCCGCCUGAUCGAUAGCCCGCGCCAGUUCGGCUACUGCAUUGACGGCUCCGAGGCCAGGAUACGGGUGGAGAAGAAGCAGGUGGUGUAGUUAAACUUGGCUAGCAGAAACAAACAGAGAUGUAUCCGAGGUUUGACUUGUCCAUACAAAUGUCGUAACCAAGCUUGUUGCAAGCAUUCAUUGCUUGCACCCAAACAUGACAGAGA